CAUUAAGAACCUCUUCUGGGCAGUGUUCCCUCCCAGCCUGUCCCUGCAGAACCUGCCUUCUGCCUGCUGCUCUCUGAUGGACCUUUCUCUUCUGUCCUCCUCCGCAGCUACUUCAGUAUCCCGAAAGAAGAAACGAAGGAUGGGAACGUACAGCCUGGUUCCCAAGAAGAAGACCAAAGUUUUAAAGCAGAGGACGGUGAUUGAGAUGUUCAACAGCAUCGCUCAUUCCCCAGACGGCAAGAUGGUGGACGGAGAGUCGGAGGAGGAACAAGAUUCUGCAGACUCUGUCGAAGAAGAGGAAGACGGCGACGAAUCGGACUUGGCCUCGGUAGAGGUCUGCUGUUGGUUGCCAGGUGCCAAGACCAAGGCGCGGUCCAGACAGGCAUGGCCAGAGCUGGAAGAAGCAGGAGAGAAGCAGGCACCUAGCCCAGACAGACCCUGCCCAGGGCCGAGUACUGCAGGAAGCAAGAGCUCCGAAUCCAGCCUCAAGAAGAAAAUGAUGAAGCGGAAAGGGAAAACGGAGAGCCCUUGGUUGAAACCUACACGGAAACGAAGGCGGAGAAAUAAAAAGAAAAAACCCAACUUGAUAGGCCCCGAGUCUUACAAGCCACCCCCCCAGGGGAGCGAAGAGGGGGCUGGGCAAGAGGACAGCAUGGAGUACCUGGAGGUGCCUUUGCAUUCCUUGGAUCUGCGGGUGAAGGGAGAUCUGCCUUCGCAACCAGAAGGUCUUUCUAAUGGUUCUGGAGCAAUGGAAACAGACAGUCUUCAAGAAGUGCCUCUCUGCAGCUGCCGGAUGGAAACCCCGAAAAGCCGAGAGAUCACCACGCUAGCCAACAACCAGUGCAUGGCCACGGAGAGUGUGGAUAAGGAGGGCACUUUCAUGGAAUGCCAGCCGGAAAGCGGCGUCUCCCACCGGUUCCACCAGGAGUGUACUUCCCACGUCAAAGGCAUGAGCUACUGUCCCCACUGUGGGGAGGAGGCCCCCAAGGCGAAAGAGGUGACGGUGGCCAAGGCGGACACCACUUCCACGCUGCUUCUGCCGUCGGAGAAGGAGAAAGCGGGCGCUUCGGAAGGGAAGGCUGACACCACCACUGGAAGUUUCAGUGGGCCUGCCCCGCAGCAACCCGAAGAAGGGAGAACCGAGAAUGUGUCCACCGAGGUGUUUGAUUUGGCCGGGAUAUCGCUGUUUCCUAAGCCACCUCCGGCCGGUUUAUCCCAAGGGCCUGUCAAAGAAACCUUGGAGAGCGCCUUGAUCGCCCUGGAUUCAGAAAA